AUGCCUAGCAGGGACGAGCUUACCUUCUUCCUCUAUAGGGAUGGAUACCAGCCGCAAGAGCUCUACCUCGGUCAUUUAGUGUUCGAUUUUCUCUUCCACCAGGUCCUGGCAGCUGAGUCCACGAGGGAAACGGUACGGAAGUGGCUGUCUGUAUCGACACACGAAUAUAUCAUCAGGAAGUUGGCACCAGUACUAUGGCGGCCAAAGAUCUGGAUGCUCACCGGGGUAUACGAAUUUGACGACUGCACGAGUUUCACUUGGGAAACAAGUAAUAAAUCUGGCGAGGUCGGUGUUGCGUCUGAAAUCCUGGCCCUCCUAGGCGUCCCCCUUGGCAUGGGCAUGACGGUCAAUGUUGGUCGGGGUCAGUACAGGAAGCAAACAUUCCCAGGCACCGCCAUCUGGGCGGCUCAAUACCAACUCAUUGAUCCCGAGUACCUCCACGUCGGCUCUGGUGAAAGGCACAAGCAACCCCCAGAGCCGGCUCAACUGCGGCUACGGCUCAAGGAGAUAUACAGCGUAAAAGGCGCCGUGUUCCGAGCUGGCAGGGGAAAAUCCUCGGCAUUGAGGAAGGAAAUCGACGAACGCGAACCGAAGCCAGAAAAGGUUGAUCCCAACAACACGGCUGUUGUGCACCUAGCGGGUGAGCUUUCCACUGCGCAAGGCGACGCCUCCGAGUGGGAGGAGGAGUUUUGGGAUCGGUAUGGGGAGGCGGAAAAGGAAUGGGCGGCCGCUAAAGAUGCCAAGGAGUAAUGUCUAGUACUUGUAACAGGAAGAAGAGGGAAAUCAGUCC